AUUCUUAUUUCUUUAAUUUUGAUUCUUUAUAAUAUAAAAGGAAGUAAAGAGGAGAAAUGCCUGCUCAAUAUCAGCAACAGCACGAAGCGGCAGAAGAGGCGGUCAGCUUAUUACCUAGUCGGUCUCUCGAUUCCGAGCUAGAAGAAGUAAACAGUGAAGAAGAAACAGCUUUCGAGGCCAGUGAGAAGAUUGUGGUUGUGGGUGUGGACGAGAGCGAGAGUAGUCAAUCCAAAGAUUCUUCCUCUGUUCCACCCUUCUCAUGGAAGAAAUUGUGGUUGUUUACGGGUCCAGGCUUCCUCAUGAGCAUUGCCUUUCUCGACCCAGGCAACCUAGAAGGCGAUCUCCAGUCAGGAGCGAUCGCGGGUUACUCUUUGUUGUGGCUGUUGAUGUGGGCUACCAUCAUGGGACUUCUGAUUCAGUUGUUGUCGGCUAGGCUUGGUGUUGCGACAGGAAAGCACUUGGCGGAGCUCUGUAGGGAGGAGUACCCAACAUGGGCUGCCUACCUCUUGUGGAUCAUGACGGAGAUAGCCUUGAUUGGAGCUGAUAUUCAGGAGGUUAUUGGUAGUGCUAUUGCGAUCAAGAUUCUCAGUAAUGGAUUUCUGCCGCUCUGGGCCGGAGUUCUCAUCACAGCAUUUGAUUGUUUCAUCUUUUUAUUUCUUGAGAACUAUGGAGUGAGGAAAUUAGAAGCCCUUUUUGCAGUUCUCAUUGGAACAAUGGGACUUUCAUUUGCCUGGAUGUUUGGUGAGGCCAAGCCCAAUGGCAAGGAACUUCUUCUAGGUGUUUUGGUACCAAAACUAAGCUCGAGGACAAUACGGCAAGCGGUUGGUGUUGUAGGUUGUGUAAUUAUGCCUCACAAUGUGUAUUUGCAUUCUGCUCUUGUACAGUCGAGGAAGAUCGAAACCCACAAGAAAGGCCGGGUCCAAGAGGCCCUUAAUUACUAUACCAUAGAGUCUACUGUUGCCUUGGCCAUCUCUUUCAUGAUCAAUCUCUUUGUCACAACUGUUUUUGCAAAGGGAUUUUAUGGUACAGAUAAGGCUGAUAGUAUAGGUCUAGUAAAUGCGGGUCAGUAUCUUGAAGAGAAGUAUGGAGGAGGACUAUUACCAAUUCUCUACAUCUGGGGAAUUGGGUUAUUAGCAGCUGGACAGAGUAGCACUAUCACAGGAACAUAUGCUGGUCAGUUUAUUAUGGGAGGUUUUCUCAAUCUCCGUUUGAAGAAAUGGUUGAGGUCAGUCAUUACAAGGAGUGUUGCUAUUAUCCCUACAAUAAUUGUUGCCCUUGUGUUUGACUCGUCUGAUGCUACAUUGGAUGUUCUAAAUGAAUGGCUUAAUGUCCUUCAAUCGGUUCAGAUUCCUUUUGCCCUUAUUCCCCUUCUUAGCUUGGUCUCCAAGGAGGAGAUAAUGGGUGUUUUUAAGAUCGGACAUACUCUCAAGGCUUUAGCUUGGUUUGUAGCAGCCAUGGUGAUACUUAUCAACGGGUAUCUGUUAUUGGAUUUCUUCUCUGCUGAAGUAAAUGGAUUGUUAUUUGGCUCUUUGGUCUGUGCUGCUACAGCCGCAUAUGCGGCAUUUGUCGUUUAUCUUAUUUUACGAGGCAGCAUCCUUUCCACUUGGUUCAGUCGUGUAUGCUCUAAGAGUUCAAUGGACAAUGUGAACUGAAAAUUAAUUUUCCAGUGUGUGAAUCACAAAGGUUUAAGAUCAUGUUGUACAUUAACGUUUCGAAUUCAAUGGGAGCAGUACAAUUCCUAAUUCAGCUGCUGCAUAACUAACUCUGCUGG